UUCUAAAAUUUCCUAAUCUCUUCUCUCUCUUCCUGCCUUCCUCUUAAACCCUAACAUUCUCAAUUCCAAUUCUAAAUGCAAAGUAAGAAACGUAGGAGGAGUUUUUAAUGAAAAUCUCUUAUGAUGACAAAAAAGUUGAAUAUGAAAACUCUUUUCAAGCCAAAGACGAGAAUGCCGAUAGAGCUUGUAAAGCACAUGCAUGAGCUUUUGAUUUUUAUUGAUCAAAACACCGAUGCGCGUGAGCAAAAGCGAAAGGAAAAGAUGGAAGAAUUGACAAAAGCAAUAUUGGAGAUAAGAACUGUCGUAUAUGGAGAUGAUGAUUCAGAACCAAAUAAAGAUUCUUGUGCACAACUUACCCGAGAGUUUUUUAGGGAAGACACUUUCAGGCUCCUCAUUGUUUGUCUUUCAAAGCUCAACUUGGGGGAUCGUCAAAACGCCACUCAUGUCAUUGCAAAUUUGCAAAGGCAAAAGGUUCAGUCGCGUAUAAUCGCAUUAGAGUAUUUGGAGAAUAAUAUUGAUAUUAUGGAUAUUCUGAUAAAAGGCUACGAAGACAAUAGUGAUAUUGCUUUAUCUUAUGGUGCAAUUACAAGGGAAUGCAUUCGUCAUCAGAAUAUUGCAAGAUAUGUACUAGAAUCAGACCACGUGAAGGAGUUUUUUUAUUACAUUCAAACUCCAAAUUUCGACGUAGCAUCGGAUGCUGCAACUACUUUCAAGGAGCUUAUGACUAGGCACAAAUCAACUGUUGCUGAAUUCCUUUCUAAGAACUAUGAGUGGUUUUUCCAUGAGUACAAUUCACAGUUGUUGGAGUCUCCCAAUUAUAUCACCAAACGCCAGGCUAUCAAGUUGUUAGGAGAUAUGUUAUUGGAUCGUACAAACUCUGAUGUGAUGGUUCGAUAUGUAUGCUCUUUGCAUAACAUGAUCAUCCUAAUGAACCUUCUCAGGGAUCCAAAGAAGACAAUCAAGUUAGAAACCUUUCAGGUCUUCAAGCUCUUUGUUGCAAACCAAAAUAAGCCUCCUGAGAUUGUUAAUGUACUUGUCAAAAAUCGAACCAAGCUUAUUCGUUUCCUUAACGACUUCACCAUUGAGAAAGAGGAUAAGCAGUUUGAAGCAAACAAAGCUCAAGUUAUUAAUGAGAUUUCUGUUCUUAAACUCAAACCGAGCAAUCCCAAGAUGUCAUCGGUCUGCAGCUUUAGAACCAAUUGUGCGAUUCAAUGUUAAAAUUGUACAGUUGAGCUAUAGGCCUCGUUUCAGAACUCGAUUUGAAAAGAGAAGUUGAAUUGCUCUACCACUGAUCAAUUAAAGUUUUGUUGUCAUAUAUCACCUACAGCUUAACUCCGUCUAUUGUUCUAUGCACUUGACCCUUUUUUAAGCAUAUUUUGGCAUGCGUCAAAAUAUCUUUACAGUUUUUUUUUAAGGGUCACGAGCAUUCAAUUUUCAAGACGAAAAUGUCUAGAAGGUUGAGAUGGUGAUGUAACUCAAAUUUUCUUUUCACGUAGAAAAGUGCAAAUAGGACCUAUAAUUUCAUAUUGUAUUAUAUUCAA